UUUGCCAAGUACCCGAAAUCCUAAAGUAUCUUCCAAGCCACCAAACAUUGCCUAGCUUUGCAGAAACUUCAACCAUGUCUGUUGUCAUAGUACAUAACCAAAAGUGUGUUCUUUUGUUAUAUGCUUCCAUUGUAGUAUGCUUCUUAAGAUCUUUUCUCUCUUUUGCUCCAUUAAUCUCGCUAGCUCGUCGAUGAGGAACUCCUACUUGAUCUUUGGGACUAAUGAGUCACUUGGUGUGAUUUUCCAAGGCCUUUGGCUAAUUGUCAUGGGAUUUAUGCUAUGGACUCCGUAUCUCGCCCCCAAAGGUUGCUCAAUGAAGAGGGGUGAAUACGGUCGGAAUGUGAUUAAGUGUGACGAUCAUGGAUCAUUACAUCGUGGUAAGGCGUUGGUUAACAUAUUGUUUAGUUGGUUUUUGAUUGGUAUGAUGGUUUUUGGUGUUGGUUCUUACUUAGUUGUGAACAAAGUUUAUGGCGUAAAUGAAUUCAUGGAUGACGAUGAGGAAGAAUUGACAUGCCAAAUGGAAGAUACACAAAGAUUUAUAUGCCGAAACAGGGUUUCAUCAAUUGAUUUGGAAGAAUAGAUGGUAAAAGUUACCUAUAUAUAUUUGUAAAUUAAUUCAUUGAGAUGGUGUUGAUAAAACAUGUAUUUAUGUAAAUAUUGCUAUGAUUUCACUUAAAAGGGAAUUCGUUUGUU